AUGAUCAUGACGACCGAUGAAAGUAGCAAGCAAUUUGAUUCAAAUAAAAAGCCGAGAAAACGGAGUGUUUUUGAUCUCGAACAAAUUCGUCAUCUUGAACAUGUUUUUGAGCAAAUUACUCAUUAUCCAGAUUUAUCACUUCGACAACAUUUAACUUUGAUAACUCAACUUCCCGAUAAAAAAAUUCAAAUAUGGUUUCAAAAUCGUCGUGCUAAAUGGCGUAAACAACAUCAAUUAGGUCAUUUUGGUGGUUUACACGAACUCACCACCGAUAGCCAUCAAGACUUUGUUCCCGCUCCGAAAUCGAAUUUUAUUUUAACAUCACCAUCCACCACUAUUCCUACUCAUCCAACAGUGCAACAACUGGAACAAUUUUUCUAUUUUGCUUUGCAAACAGCAUUAGCAAAAUCAAAUGAGAAUUUCGAACAAUCGUUUCGCUCGAAAAGAUAUGAUAUAAAUUAUCCAACUUGGUUUCUUAAUCAGUUUCUAAACUCUACGAAUUCCAAUCCAUUAGUUCAUCGUUGA